AUGUCGUCGAAGGAUCUCUCGCUCGACGAGCUGAAGGACCUGCAGAAGCAGCUCUCCAAGUUCGCUACCUCUUCCGAUUCGGAAGCCAUCCUCUCGAUCUUCUCCAAGCUCAAGUCGGGGCUGUCAAAACCAACAGAAGAUGUCAUCCGCCAAAGCAAGAUCGGUGUUGCGGUGGGCAAGAUGCGUUCGCAUUCAGACAAGAAGGUAGCGGAUCAGGCAAAGUCGUUGGUCAAGGAUUGGAAGGCGAUCGUGGACAAGCAAAGGGCGCAGUCAUCAUCCAAUAGCAGCAAGCCCUCCUCCUCCACUGCUUCGCCGGCGCCAGCAGGCACAAAGACAGAAGGCGGUGCCAUUGGCAACGGAGCCUCAGAGGUAUCGCUAUCCUCCACACCAUCAACAACAGCAGCCACACCAGCAUCAUCCACUACCAAAAUCGACUUUGAGAUCCUCAACGACAAGGUUCGCAACGCCUGUCUCAAGCUCCUCUACCAGGCUCUCGAGAUCGGUAAAGAGAACCACGGCUGGAACGACUCGCAGAUCUUUGACGCUGCCGUUGCCGUCGAGGCAGCCAUCCUCGCCAACCAGGGCAAAGGCUCCGUCACCGCCGAUUACCGCAACAAGGUGCGCAGCCUCUCGCUCAAUAUCAAGGACAAGAACAACCCGGACCUUCGCGCAAGAGUCGUGGAACGCGAGAUCUCAGCAGACGUGCUUGUCACCAUGACCAACGAAGAGCUCGCCAGCGACAAGCGCAAGAGGGAGAUCGAGGAGUUGCACAUGCAGAACCUCUUCAAGGCCAAGGGAGCGGCAGCUCAGGAGGCAGAAACGGAUGCAUUCCAGUGCGGAAGGUGCAAGCAGAGGAAGACGAGGUACUACCAGAUGCAGACGCGGUCAGCGGACGAGCCGAUGACGACGUUCGUAACGUGCACCAACUGCAACCACAAGUGGAAGUUCUGUUAG